AACACAACCUCAGCACCCGCCGGAGAUUGGUUAAACUAAAGACUGGAGUAGUUCGUGAAGCGAUUUUCUUCAGUAUUUUUGGUAAUACCAACUCGGGGUGAUCUCCCUUUUAGUGAGUCAAAUUGUUUUUAGCUUAAGAAAUUUAGAUCGUAAAAAUGGCAAUAACCAACCUGGACCCAGCACCAGGCGUAGCAGCCAUGCAGUCCUUCGGUAUCCACGCCGAGGCCUUCGGAUCCAACCAGACCGUCAUCGACAAGGUUCUGCCCGAAAUGAUGCACCUCAUUGACCCAUACUGGUACCAGUUUCCACCAUUGAACCCACUAUGGCACGCUCUUCUCGGAUUCACCAUUAGUGUCUUGGCUUUCAUCUCCAUAACUGGCAACGGUAUGGUGGUAUACAUUUUCUCGACGACAAAGUCACUCAAGACGCCUUCAAACCUGCUAGUUGUUAAUUUGGCUUUCUCCGACUUCUUGAUGAUGGCUAUGAUGGCUCCGCCUAUGGUGGUCAACAGUUACAAUGAAACAUGGGUUUUUGGUCCGACUGCAUGCCAAUUCUAUGCCUGCUUUGGGUCACUAUUUGGAUGCGUCUCGAUCUGGACUAUGACAGCCAUUGCCUUCGACCGUUACAAUGUGAUCGUCAAGGGUAUUGCUGCAAAACCGAUGACCAUUAACAGUGCUUUACUCAGGAUCCUUGGUGUAUGGCUAUUCUCUCUUGCAUGGACUCUUGCGCCCAUCUUUGGCUGGAGCCGAUACGUCCCUGAGGGCAACAUGACCGCUUGUGGAACUGACUACCUAAGCAAGGACUGGUUCAGCCGAAGCUACAUCAUUCUUUACGCUAUCGCCUGCUACUUCCUGCCACUUUUCCUCAUCGUCUACUCGUACUGGUUCAUUGUACAGGCUGUUGCAGCCCACGAGAGGGCCAUGAGGGAACAGGCUAAGAAAAUGAAUGUUGCUUCUCUUAGAUCUUCGGAACAGGCUAACACGAGCGCUGAGUGCAAAUUGGCUAAGGUUGCACUGAUGACCAUCUCUCUUUGGUUCAUGGCAUGGACCCCUUACCUGGUAAUCAACUUCGCUGGAAUUUUCGAGACCUCACCAAUCAGCCCACUCUCAACCAUCUGGGGCUCCGUCUUUGCUAAAGCUAAUGCCGUGUACAAUCCAAUCGUAUAUGGCAUCAGCCACCCGAAAUACCGCGCUGCUCUAUACCAGAGGUUCCCAGCCCUGGCCUGCCAGCCUUCACCAGCUGAGGAGACCGGCUCAGUGGCCUCCGCCGCAACCGCUUGCACCGAGGAGAAACCAUCUGCUUAAAUCGACGAACCCAGCACGACCACGGCGCGGACACGACUCUGCCAACACGACUAUAUUUUUAUACGACUGUACAAAGUUGUCGACUUGAACACAGAACACGGGCUUGACAAAAUAUUCAGGACAUCAUUUCAUUUGAAUGCCUCAAGUAGUUUUUUUGUUUCUCCUCCUAACUUGCAUAUUUUGGGUCCACGUUUUGUGUUUUAAGUGAAACGUUGCACACUUUUGUUUCAACCUUUGCUUUGGUCGGCGACAUUUAGAAAAAUUACAAAAAAAUGUUAUACGACUUAAAAAGUGUCGCCAGGCUGCCCCUUUACCGCGAGACUGCUCCUAUUAGAAUCUGAAAUGUGACGAAUUUUCGAUGAAAAACGCUUUGUUACUUGGACUAAUAAAUUAUUUACAUGCAACGUGGUUCAUGGCCACAUUA